AUGUCGUCACCCAACGAACAUACAACCUCUGAACAGGAACAGCCUGUCGAGUCAACCGGUGCAGCUGCUGCAGAAUUACCGGUGACCCAAGCCGCUCAAACGAGCGUAGAUCCACGAGCCGUGGAUGGUACAGCGGAUGAGUCCCAUGAGGCCGGUAAUGAGGACGCCAGCAAGGACCAGACCGAUGGCACGGACGCUGGUGCAGGAGACCCGGAGCGGCUGCUAGUCUCGUCCACCCCCGAAUACAAGCAGAUGAUCCAAUCGAGGUCCAACAUGAAGCGUCGACUGACGAGGGUGAGGCAAAAGAUAAAAAUUCACCUAGACCUGCUAGGAACUGAUUGUUUCAGCGCAGACGCUCUUGGCCGCCUAGAUGUUUCUGCCGCACGUUCCCUUUACGAUGAGGCGUCCGGUUUGAAGUCAAACAUCGAGGGUAUCCAAGACAAUAUUAGACGGAGCUUAGAAGACGCAAACGAGGAUAAGAAAUUAGAUGAACAAGACGCGUGGGAGAAUAAUUUCGAACUUGAAUGCGUGUGUUUGCUGAGGCUCGCACAAUGUUUACAACAAUGCGACCACCAUUCUCGCACUCAGUAUGAAGCUGAAGACGAACGCCGCACCCGACUCCGAUUACUAGAAGAGCAUGGGCCACGCGCGCUAGAUGUUCUUGAUGCGGCCAUGUCUAGCCCUCGCAGCGGACCAAAACCAACAUGUCAAGCGUCGCCAACACUACAUGCGUGGAGUGAGAAGAGUGCCGACACGGAUAUCGACACUGCUACUUCAAGUGCUUGUGACACUGUUGAGCCACCGCGACAGUCCCAAUGUGAGUCGGCUGAACAGUCACACGCACAAAGUGCAGUGCUUCAUGACAUUGUACAUGUAGUAGAUGCAACUGAGUCUCCUGCCAGCGCAGCAAAUGCACAGGAAACCAGCGCAGCAGUCAGUAUCAGAAGCCAACCAAGAUCACCAGUGCCACCAGUCCCCAAACCACGUGUCAGGCAUGCCAUUGGCCCUGGCACUGGUAGAACUGCUGCCACUCCAGCAGUGCAUGCGGUGCCCAGCCCAAGUCCCACCUAUGGCAGUGGUGAGGAGGACAGGGCCUAUGACUAUGAGCAUUACCUCCAGCAGGAGACCCAGGACAGACAAGCAGUACAACAGCUUCAACCAGAUGCAGAAACAUUCUAUCCACCAGACCAUUCUGUCGCCGCCAGGACAGUCCCUCCACCAGCCACAACCUGGCCACGCGAUGCUAUUGCCCCACUGGAGCAAGCUCUUCAGGGCGCAGUUAUGAAUGUCGCCCAGGCUUUGAGCCAAAACCAAACUCCACAACACACCAGCACAUCCGCUGCAGCCGGCCCAAGCUCCGUUGUGUUCAAGCUAAAACCGAUGGAAAUACCGAGCUUCGACGGGCAGGUCACCAACUGGCCCGAUUUUUGGGACCUGUUUGAAACUGCCGUGGACAAACAGCCAAUGUCCGAUGUCGUUAAGCUGAGCUACUUGAAGAGUGUCCUCACUGGCCGAGCUGCCCACACGCUCGCUGGUCUGGCUAUCACCAACAACAACUAUGCCACGGCCGUAGAGCUACUGAAAGAACGAUACGGACGGACAGAUGAUAUUGUUGCUGCCCUGUAUACCAAGCUGCAGCGAUUGCAAAGCACAUCGUCCAAACACCGUGAUAUCCGGAACACCAUUGACAACAUCGAACGGAUACUACGACAGCUGGCUGCCAUGGGCAUUAGCGUUGAACAGCAGCCACUAUUGGUGCAGCACAUUUUGUCCAAGUUCCCUACGGAAGUACUCACCAAGCUAGAGGAAUGGCGAACAUCGAGCCAUCAGUCGUGGACGGUCGCCACCCUGCGAUCCGCCCUUCAGCGGUAUGCCGAAAUCCACCGGAAUUUGCGGGAAGGUUCCGAGACUUCUGCCUCUCAGUCUUCAAGGACACCGGCCACAAAGACACAGCACGGCUCACCAAUGACCAUGCAAGGAACUGGACACGCUCUUUCAUCUCAGUCAACGCAUAGUGCGCCUCCACGUCUAUGUGUCUUCUGCAAGGGGACUCACUUCAACGACCAGUGCUUCACCUACAAGCUGGCUCAGACAAGACAACAGAAGCUCCGAGAACAAGGUCGUUGCUUCAUUUGUCUGCGACGGAGCCAUAUGGCGUCCCAGUGCCCAGAGAAAACCAAGGCGUGUUUUCACUGCAGCAAGACCGGCCACAACCGAGCUAUCUGCCCAGCCCAUGAGAGACAUGAGCCCUCCAAAGGCAGCUCAAGGCCACAACCAAAUGGCUCACAACCUGCAAGGGCCGUCUCCACACAGGGUAAUGAUGAGGAACUUGUAAAUACGUGCUCCGCCAGUCUCGUGUCAGAGGGUCCCAGCGACAAGACUGGUGCAGUAUUCCUCCAGACAGCACAAGUGCAGAUUCAAGCUGCCGAUGGUAACUUUAUCACCGCGCAUGCGUUACUGGACACCGGCAGCAAUCGCACGUACAUGAGUACCCAGCUCAGCAAGCAGCUUCAGCUGCAGCCGGAGAGACAAGAGUCAUUGACCCUCAUCACCUUUGGAGUGACACACCCACGCAGUGUUGUUACAUCGGUCGUUCAGACGUCCAUUUCACUGUCCGACGGACAGAGGUACCCCAUCAAAGCGAAUGUACUCGACACCAUUACACGACCUAUCCGACGCUACCCUCUUCCAUCUGAAGAUGCGGAGUUCCUGGCAGGCGAACCAUCCAUUCAAAUGGCAGACACCAUACCAUCAACAGCCGAGACGAGGGCCAUUGACAUUCUCAUUGGUUCUGAUCAUUACGGAAAUCUUGUGCAAGGAUCACCGCAGCGUCUACCGUCAGGUUUGUACGUGAUGGAUACGCUCUUGGGUCACAUCGUCACAGGACAGUGUUCGUCCAAGUCGGAUGGCAGCAACAGCUCAACGCUUCUUGUCAUGACGCAGGCAAGCACCGGUCUACAGCAUCCGCUAUAUGACUACAUGGCAACCGCCGACUCUGCUCUGCUUGCUGAAGUCGAACCAAACUUGACGGAGUUUUGGUCGCUAGAAAGGAUCGGUGUGGAGGACCCAGCAAGUCUCCCAACAGAUGACGACACAGUUCGACAGUUCGAGGAGACCGUCACGUUUGCCGACGGCCGCUACACAGUCCAGUUUCCAUGGAAGCCCGACAUGCAGCUUCCACACAACAAGGACCUAGCCUACGGAAGGAUGAAGUCACUGGGGAAACGGCUUGCAGCAGAUCGAGACCUGCUGACCAGGUACAACGACGUGCUGCUGCAGCAGGAAAGGCUUGGCAUUAUCGAGCGAGUCACAGAGAAAACCAAGUGCGGUCAACGCUCGCACCAUCUGCCGCACCAUCCAGUGUUGUCUCCUUCGAAGGCUACCACCAAACUCCGAGUGGUCUAUGACGCCAGUGCGAAGAUCAAUAAGACAGCACCGAGCCUGAAUGACUGCCUGAAUCAAGGGCCGUCCCUCCUGCCUAGCCUCUGCGGCAUUCUGCUACGAUUUCGCCUGGCCCCGAUCGUGCUAAUCUCAGAUAUUGAGAAGGCAUUCCUGCAAGUAAGGAUUCAAGAGACAGACCGUGACGUCACCCGAUUUCUGUGGUAUCGUGACAUCACUAAGCCGGACGUCAUCGUGGACAACAUCGAAGUCUACCGGUUCUGCCGACUACCAUUUGGCAUCAUCAGCAGUCCGUUCUUGCUGGAUGCCACAAUCAGGCAUCACCUUGACAAACACAAGACAGCCACAGCAGCCGAAAUUCGCAAGAACAUCUACGUGGAUAACAUCAUGCUGACGGCUGGUACUGCAGAGGAAGCCGAGGUCAAGUACCGCGAGACUCGGCAGGUGUUCAACUCCGCGUCCAUGAAUGUACGUGAGUGGUCAUCCAAUGACCCUGCUACCUCCUCUGUGUUUGACCCGAGUGUGACGGCGACGAACACGAGCCAGAAAGUUCUCGGCCUGCAGUGGGAUACCGUCGCCGACACAUUCCACAUUCCAGGUGUGAGCUCCGAGUCGCCUGACGUCGACAGCAUAGCAUCCAAACGGCGUGUUUUGCACAACGUAGCACGCAUUUAUGAUCCACUCGGACUCUUCAACCCAGUCACCUUCCAUGCCAAAGUGUUUUUGAGAACGCUUUGGAGGGACGACCUGUCUUGGGACGACGCUCUACCCACAGAACGACUCGAGCAAUGGCAGUCCAUAGAGGGUAUACUUGAGCCGGUCGCAGACAUCCGUAUCCAACGCCGAACCUCCACUCUGAAGUCAGUCACCGAUCGACAACUUCAUGUCUUCUGUGACGCAUCAAAGGACUCCUAUGCAGCGUGUGUCUACCUCCGUGAAGCCAACGGACCUGAUGCGACAUCGACACUGCUCUUCUGCAAGAUGCGAUUGGCGCCAGCAAAAAGGGAGCUCACCAUACCCCGCCUAGAGCUCAUGGGCGUAGUCAUUGCAACCAGAGCUCUGCUAUUUGUGCGUAAAGAGCUCGGCAUCGACAUCACGAAGAGCUUCCUGUGGUGCGACUCACAGUGCGUUCUCCGCUGGCUUGUUACGCAUAAAGACCUGAGUGUGUUCGUCCGUAACCGUGUCAAAGAAGUCCAGCAAGUAGAAGAUCUGUCAUUCCGGUAUGUUCGCAGCGAAGACAACCCUGCAGAUCUAGCAACGAGAGGCGCCACUGUGCCUGACCUCAGUGACAUCUGGUGGCACGGACCUCACUGGCUGCGACAAGCCGAGGACAACUGGCCCACCUGGCAGCGACCUCCCAUCACUCCAGAAGAUUUCAAGAAUGCGAUGGCCGAGUGCAGGGGACCCAAGGCUGUCUUCGAAGCAUCACUUGUCGCCAACACGGAAGACACACCUGUCGUACAAUCGACUGGUCUAGCUGGGAUCGAGCCGGGACACCGACAGCUGUCAACUCUAUUGCGAAUCACCGCCAAUUGUCUGGUCUUUCUACGAAAGAAGAUCUGGCAGCGACUCUCCAGUGACAGCCAACAGAAGCUGAGGACGAAGCACCCACUCCUCGCAACAGUCCUGUCUGAAACGCCCUCCAUUCGCCUAUCUAACUGCCUUUGGGUGAGGCAUAUCCAGCAGCAAAGCUUCCCAGACAUGGAGUCGAAGAAUAGCAGCAUAGUGACGCAACUCGGCAUCCACGCAGAUCAGUAUGGUGUGCUCCGGUGCCACGGAAGACUUGGCAAGGCAUAUGAGGCUACGGAUUCCACACCUCCCGCGCUACUGCCACGGAACCACUGGUUCACUACAGCUGUUGUCGAGGAGAUGCAUCGACAAGCUCUCCACGCUGGACCGGCACACACGCUCACCCUGAUACGACGCAGCUACUGGCUUCCAAAGGGAAAGGCAGCGGUGCAAAAGAUUCUUCGCCAGUGUACCACGUGUCGUCGCCAUGAGGGCCAAUCAUUCCGCCUGCCGCCGAUGCCGUCGCUUCCAAAGGAGCGAGUUUCAAGGUCCAACCCCUUCCAGUAUGUUGGGACGGACUACUUUGGUCCGCUGCGAGUCAAGCAACCUGGAGGCACUGACAAGGUCUGGGUGUGCAUAUUCACUUGCUUCACUGUACGAGCAAUCCAUUUGGAAUUGGUUUCAGACAUAUCAACAUCGCAAUUCGUCAUGUGCUUUCGCAGAUUUGUGUCUCGCCGAGGUGUGCCGCACAUGGUAUACUCCGACAAUGCCAAGCAUUUCAAACUCGCCGCAUCUGUGUUCCGAGAUUUAUGGCACACGGUCAUCAAUGAUCCCGAUCUCCACAGCUACAUAUCCUCACAAGGGAUAACCUGGCGCUUCACUACUGAGCUUGCUCCCUGGCAAGGUGGCAUCUAUGAACGUCUGAUCGGCACAGUUAAACGGUCCUUUCGGAAGGCCAUCGGUCGUAGCCUACUGACCCGUGACGAACUGCAGACUUUAUUAACUGAGGUUGAAGCUGUAACCAACUCGAGACCGCUGACCGCAAUACCAUCAGACGAAGACUCGCCGGAUGUGUCUGUCUUGACACCUGCUCACUUCUUGAGCCCAGGUCUGUCCCUGAUGGCACCAUUCGGAGCGCUGGAUGAACAAGAGGAGGAGUAUAAUCCCACCAACAACGAAGACACCUCGCACAUUCUAUUGCGACGAUGGCGUCAUCAUACACGGAGAUUGGAAGACUUCUGGAAACAAUGGAAGGAAGAAUAUCUCAUGAUGCUCCAAGAGAGAUCAACGCCAAUACAUCGACUGCAACGCCAUCAGUCUGCUAGCCUAACUCCACGAAUCGGCGACAUCGUCAUCGUGAAGCAGGAAGGAACUCCGAGAGGUUUCUGGAGAAUUGCAAGGAUUGAAGACCUGCCGAAGAGUACAACAGACAAAGCCAUCAGAAGUGCUAAAGUUCGCCUGCCGUCGAGGAAUAUCGUCUCACGUCCACUGUCUCAUCUGUAUCCGCUGGAAGUGUCAGCAAUCCAAGAGCCAUCAUCUCCCCAGGACUCCAACGAUGCAGCGACGGAAGAGCCACAACAGCGAAAGGGCAACGCGCCAAAUCGACCACUUGUACAGCGACCAAGAAGAAAGGCAGCAGAAAGAGCCGCGAAGAACAUUGAAUCUUGGCUCGCAUGA